GUUGGUGCUUACACCCAGACACAAACCCCAUUGCGUUGUAUUCUAUACGCUCUCUCUUCUCUCUCUGUCAAUGCAAACAACAAAAAUAAUUGCCAGAAGAAAACACACAAAGCACUUGAGCACACACCUUCCAACCCCCAACAUAUAUUCUCUCACAGAAAAACCAAACAACCCUCACAGCAUUUAAUCAGAGAGAGAGAGAGAGAGAGAUCUCAGCGCAACUCAAGAACCCACCUUUUGCUUUUAAUUGCUCUCUUUUCUUUUCUUUCUUUUUUUCCUUUCCUGAAAAUCGCGCUCUCUUUUUCUUCUCUUUACACCCCACACACUGCACCAGAGUGAGUGGUAUUAUGGGUCUGAGAUGGCCGUACUGAAAAUGGCUCUGCCCAGCAACAAUGCCAGUACCCAAAAGCAGCAGAAGCUGAAGCAGGAAGAAGAAGACCAAUUAGUGAAGCCAAUGUUUCAUGACUUUCUGGGUAUGAAGCCAUCUACUGAUUCCCCUGUUGUUUUGGGCCCAAAAGGAUCCGAUUCCAGGCUCACUGAGGCAUCUCCCUCCGCUUCUGCUUCACUUGGGGGAUCCUCCGGCGGUGGCCGUGGGCCCAUCUCCACCACCUCUGAUCUGGGUUCCGAAAGACAAGCUGGAAAUCAUCUCGAGGGGGUUCCAUAUUAUGGUCCAAGAAGCGAUAUUUCUGGGCCUGAGAUAAGUAACAGGAUACUAGGCAGUAAGAGAAGUAAUUCAGACUCUACUUUUAUGGGUUCAUCCAGAGAUGGGAUCCCUCAUAUGGGUCCUGACUCCCUUGAGAGCUCACAUUUGAUGAAGAUGUUUCGAAAUGGAACUGGGGGAGAGCGACCUAGAAGGUCCAUUGACGAUGAAGCAGUCUUUGCUACCCAGCCAAUGAGGCCAACUUCUGCUAAUCUCAUAUUUCAGACUCCACAUGGCGGUAGAGUUGAUAACAAUAUUUCCAAGUGGGAACGAUCUACUCCCAUGAAUUUGGGUGGUGCAGUGCAAUACCCUCCACGAGGAGGUCAUUUUGCACCCUUUGUUCAUCAAUUGCCUUCUAACAGAUUUAGGGAUGCAAAUGCUGGUGCAAAUAAUAUAUCUCAAUUAGCCGCUGAUGAGGGGUCUAGAACUGGAAUUAAAGGACCAGGGAUAUUGAGUGCCAUCAAUGCUAGCAGUGGUGCUUCUGAUAGAAACUCAUCUGUGGUGCUGCCUAGCGGCAGUAGGCAGAAAUCUGGGACUAAUACUUCAGAGCCAGAACCUUUGACUCCAAGUCGGCAUGGAUUUGCAUCUGCUAACCGGCAGAUGACCAUAUUUUAUGGCGGUCAAGCUCAUGUUUUCGAUGAUGUCCACCCAAACAAGGUUUUUCUCUCUUACUCUUUUGUUCUAGUAAAGAGAAUGCCCCCUUUUAUUUUCAUUUAUGGCGCUCAUGUUUUCGAUGAUGUCCACCCAAACAAGGCAGAUGUCAUAAUGGCCUUAGCUGGAUCAAACGGAGGAUCUUGGUCAACAACCUACUCACUAAAACCUACUGUGAAGCCGGGUAGUGAAAGUCACAUGCCUAGUGGAGAGGUUGAAACUGGUACAGCAAGUAAUGUAGGGUUGGUACGAGAAUACCGUGGGAGGCUAUCUAUUCCUGGAAAUUCAAGUCCUGGAGUGGGGUUUGCUGAUCGGAUAUUGACAGCCGCAGGUGGCCAUCAGGGCAGCAAUUUAGCCAAAGAUACAAGAAACCCAGUUCAAGCUACAGAGCCUGGUUCUAAAGAGAAAAUUGAACUGUGAUGUUAAAGAGUUUUCAUUUUUCAAAUUCUAGGAUACAGUAAAAUUUUCACCUUUGUAGCUGUCUAAUAUUCCAGUUUGGUCUCGGUGUUUCUAAUAACACUAUUGAUCAUAUAAUUUUGAAUUUCUUUUAGAGCCUUGUGUUGAACCACUAUUGUCACCAUUACAGGUUGUAACAGAUCUUCUCCCCAA